UAAACCUCUUGUAGCUGUUUAUAAUUGGAGUUUUGGUUUAGUUUGAGACAGUCAUUUGUAAACUUCAGAAUAACCAAAUGUUGCGUGUAAUAUGAAUGAAACGCACACAGAUGUGAAUGUAUGUGAUAGAUGUCAUUAAGGGUAGAUGGCAGGACAGUCCACAUGACAUGUAUUGUUUUAAGGUCCUAGCUCAAGUCUAAUUUUCGCAACCCAUGUUUUCUGGAGGUUUUUUUGUCCACUAGAAAUGUGUAGUGUAGCAUUCUAGUGUAGUAGUAAUGUUUACGGUGGUUGCAAUAGACUAUCUAUAUCCCAUCCCCCACUUCUCCAAGCACAGGGUUCAUUUUCUCUUUUUCUAUCCCACUCACACAGACAUUUCUCACCCCACUCCCCCCACUCAGGUUGUGUACUAGGACAUUUUGUACUAAUUGUUGAGAGCAUAAUAGUGGCCCAUGAUGGCCAGUCUGAGGAGUUGAAAGGUUAGACAUGUGCCUUAGUCUGACACUAAUGUAGUAUAUAGGCUAUCAAAAUUUCAGUUGUCGAUUCCAGUACCAGUGAAAUUUCCAAAUAUUCAAUACUAAUUUCAAUACCACACCACAGAAAAAAAUGAAAGUAAUUAUUAAAUAAUUAUUAAAUUUAAUAAUUUUUUCUUGUAUUGUUGUUUAAUAUUAACAACAUAAUUAGAGGUCGACCGAUAAAUCGGUUUUGUCGAUUAAUCAGCACUGAUAACAGAUUUCUGGAACUGUCGGUUAUCGGCAAAAAUACACCGAUAGUUUUUCCCCAUUGCGUCUGGUGCUGAAGCAGCUGGGAAGUGUCUGCUGUCGUUCUAGAGGCGAAAUAAAACUAUCACUUCACCGAUGGCUUGUGGUGUUUGUUUUGACACAUGAGACUACAGUCUGCAUGGAGCGGAACACUUCGGAUGCGGAUAUAAAACAUCAACAACGAAAAGGCACUUUGGUCAUCAUGUUUAUUGUUCAGAAGAGAUUCCCUCUGGCCCAGGACACCCUGCACAGGAUGACAGCCCUUACACAACGCAGGAACCGGGGACUGACGAAAAGGUUGAAGACGAAAAGACGACACAUACUCAGUCAUCGCACGACAUGGGGCUGGAGACGAAGACAGAGAACGCAACAUUAAAAGAAGCCUCAUUGCACUCACAAGACUCCCCACACGAAGAGAAGCAAGAACAGACUGUGAAUCUAGAGGAGGUGGUGGAGGAGGCUCAGAUUAAUCUUGAAUUGGCUCUUCCCGAGCCAGAACAAAAACAACAACAGCAGCAGCAGCAGGAGCAUGAGCAGGAACCAGAACCCCAGAACACCCAACAACCAGACCAACCACCAACACUCACACAGCCCCAAACACCGCAUCCUUCAUCCCAACCCCAGCCAGACCCUAAAGCUCUACAGACCACUGCCACAGAGGACCAGGCUGACCAUGCCUCUGCUGCUCUAACCCCUACCGAGACCGACCCACAGGCUGAAGACCCCUCCGGACCUGCUGCUGAUCUCCAGAGGAGCCCAGAAUCAGUCUCACCUACCUCAGUCACCUCCUCUGAGAGCUCCUCCAGUGGACUAGAUGUUCCGCGUGCUGGUGCCCCUGUAGAGAACUCUAGUGCCAGUCAGUGUGAGGUGGGCUCUGUGCCCCCCUUCAGCCAACCUCUGCCCCUGGGCAACUUGCCCAUUAGUGUUGUGGAGGAACAUACGGAGGAUAAGUCCAGCAUGUUGGGACAGAGCACAGAGACCAUUGCUGACCCAGCUGCCUCUCUGGUCCCGAGUGAGCUGGAUCUCACAGAGCUGGAGCCGACAGCCAACAUCCCUCCACCUCUAGAGCAACUGCAGGUGGUGGACCAUGACAAAGUGGCUGAAAGUCCUGUACCUGUACCCACUAAAGAUGACAUCCCCACAUUCGAUGAGUGGAAGAAGAAAGUGAUGGAAGUAGAGGAAAAGAAAAGUCAGUCUCUGCACACGUCAUCAAAUGGCAGUCCUCAUCCAGUGAAAAAGGUCCAAAAGAAUUUCAAGAAUAACUACGCUUCAGUGGAGUGUGGGGCCAAAAUCCUCUCGGCUAACAAUGAGGCCAAGAGCACAUCUGCCAUCCUGAUGGAGAAUAUGGAUCUGUAUAUGCUGAACCCCUGCAGUACUAAGAUCUGGUUUGUUAUUGAGCUCUGUGAGCCAAUCCAGGUGAAGCAGUUGGACAUUGCAAAUUUUGAGCUGUUCUCUUCUACGCCGAAAGAUUUCCUAGUGUCCAUCAGCGAUAGGUAUCCGACCAAUAAGUGGAUCAAGCUGGGCACCUUUCAUGCCCGUGAUGAACGCACAGUACAGAGCUUUCCUCUAGAUGAGCAACUCUAUGCCAAAUAUGUCAAGAUGUUCAUCAAGUACAUAAAGGUUGAGCUGCUCUCCCAUUUUGGAUCUGAACACUUCUGCCCCCUCAGCCUUAUCAGGGUGUUUGGCACCAGUAUGGUGGAGGAGUAUGACGAGAUAGCCGACUCUCAGUACACCUUAGAGAGAGCCGAGUAUCUAGAUGAAGACUAUGACUUUCAUUUGACAGAUUACCCUCCCGGCUACUUGCCAUCAGAGGACAAGACAUCAAAGAAUCUGCUGGGCUCUGCCACAAAUGCGAUCCUGAACAUGGUGAACAAUAUUGCAGCAAAUGUUCUGGGAGGGAAACCAGAGCUCGAGAUCAGAGCUGAAAUGGAAGCAAACGUGUCCUCUGGGACAGAAAACGUCACCCAGAUGUCAGCAGAAACCACACUUACUCCGGAACCCACCCCCACUGAACAACCAGCUAUGCUGGACCCUCUUGAGUUAGAUCCCACUCUAGUGAAAGAGGACUCUGAGGUUCCUGAUCUCGUAGCUUCUUCAGUUCCUCCCCAUGAGGAGAGCCGAGUCGUCAUCCUCAUUAAAGAAGAGGAGGACGAGGAGGCCCCCCAACCAACAGUGACCCUGCUGGAGGAGGACAUUGAGGAGGAGUGGAGACAAGCAUACAUCUGGGAGAAAGAGAGUGCCUUUUACUGUGGGCACCUCUCAACUUUGUCCUGCUUGGCAUCUUUGCACGAGCACAUUUAUUGCUACUGUUCAGCAGCUUUAGCACUACGCCGCCAGCGUAGAGACUGCCGCCACAAAGCACAGCGCACGCAACCUGACACAGACACACAAACUGCUCCUCAGCAGCCCCUCCCUGCCACCACCGCGACCCAAGAGACCCCUGUGCUCUCCGAGGAUCUUCCAGAAGCAGAGCGGCCCUCUCAGGCGCAAGCCGAGAGAAUUUCACCCACUGAAACCGUAACCGCUCCGACUCAGCCUUCCAGCGGAGAGUCCUCGGUCACCAACCAGCUCCCACCUGAAACCAUCCUGUUGGAGCCCAGUCGCACCUCCACCCUUCACCCACACAGCUUCUCUGACACCCCCACCCAAAGCAUCCCCGAGUCCCUACCACCGGAAGAGCCCAUGGACCAGCGUCCGCAGUAUCUGGAGAACAUCCCAGAGACCCGUACCCCUGUCAGCAUCUGCAGCAGCACCAGCAGUGCCCCGACUCCCAGCGCCACCUCCUCCAUGCUCACCUCCACCACCACUGAACAUCACAGCGUGGAGACGGAACACUCCAAACUGGAGCUCCUCAUCCCCACCAAAGAGCAGCCAGUUCAGCCACUGCCCACCCACACUCGGCCUGCUGAUAUCCCGCCUCCUACUGAGCUCCCCGUCCCAGUUCCAGAGGCCUCUGACAACGUUAAGGCCACAGGGGUGGAAGACCCACACCACGGUGCUGUGGCUUCCCAACCAGAGGUCUCUGAAUUCCCUCCGUCUCAACAAGAGGAGACUGUAGACGACAUUCUGCUCAGCCAGACAGGACCACACCGGACUGCUGGAGAGUUUUAUGCAGAACAGCCAAAUGCAGAAAUUGGCCAUGGGAAUGGAAACGGCAAUGGGAAUCAGGUGCAUGGAUCCAACCAGAAGGAAUCAGUGUUCAUGAGACUGAAUAACAGAAUUAAAGCACUGGAGAUGAACAUGUCACUCAGCAGCAGAUACCUGGAAGAGCUUAGCCAGAGGUAUCGUAAACAGAUGGAGGAGAUGCAGCGAGCUUUCAACAAGACCAUCAUCAAACUGCAGAACACCUCCAGAAUUGCAGAGGAGCAGGACCAGAAACAGACAGAGUCUAUUCAGAUGUUACAGAGCCAGCUGGAGAAUGCCACCAAGAUCAUGUUGAACCUGUCUGCCACUGUUGCCCAGCUACAGAGAGAGGUGUCUGACAGACAGAGUUAUCUGGUGCUGUCUCUGAUCCUGUGCCUGAUGCUGGGUUUUCUGCUCUGUAUGCAGUGCUACAGGAGCUCACCCAAUCACAACAGCAGCUCAACCAUUCCCAUGAGCAACCAUUACCCCAGCCCUAAGAGGUGUUUUUCCUCAUAUGAUGAUAUGAGUCUGAAACGGAGAGUGUCUUGCCCUCUUGUCCGUUCUAAGUCAGUUCAGCUGCCUACAUCAGAAGUAGGUCCUGAUGACUUGUACAUUGUAGAACCUCUAAGAUUUUCUCCAGAGAAAAAGAAGAAACGCUGCAAGACAAAAGGAGGAGACAGAGUGGAGACGCUCCGGCCUUCUGUCCCCACGCAGACGGACACUAACUGCGGACCCAAGUGCAACGGUGAAUCUUCUCUUCACUUCCUGCCUUCGGGAUUCGACGGCUACACGUCCACCUGCUCAUCAUCCAGGGACUGGGCGUCGGAGGGCAGCUCCGAAAGCUUCGUCUCUACGCUGUCUGAGGAGUCCUUCAGCUGCACUCCCUCGAUGAAUGGCCAUGACCCCGCCCUCUGCAACGGAGAUGUCCCGCCCAUCAUCCCUCCCUCCAAGAGCAAGAUAGAGAAGAAGUCUCUAAAACAGCGGCGGUUGAAGAAUGCCGAGCAGCAGGAGGGGCAGUUUGGGGGGGAAAUACUGCACACACCCCUUCCCGUAACUGUGGGUGUCAUGCCGACGCUGGAGGAACUCAUGAAGGGAAAGGCAGAACUGGGCGUGACCACAUUUGGAAGGACAGCUGUAACGGGACGAGUUUGAUUUUUUUUUUGUAGCUGUGUUACUUAGUGAGUCACUUCACCGGUAUCCUAGAACCCGCUUUCGUGCUGCCACCUUUCUUUUACUUCCUUAAGCUCACCUUCAUUUUGGAUCGCUCCAGUGCAGUGGUGAUCCUGGCUUCAUCUUUCCCCACAUCACUACAUCCUUUUCAGAACUCCUGGUUUAUGUGCCUUUUUAUUAAUUUGAAAAUCCUCACAAUGUAUGACCACCAGAAAUCUGAAGGAUCCUUGUUGUUAUUCUCUUUAACAGGGUUUUUUUUAAAAUUAUUAUUCUGGUAAAAAAUAGGACUGAAACUUAGCAAGUGUGAAUUAAACUUAAUUUAAUGUCCUCCUAUCCUCUGUACUGGACUGUUUAUGUAGUGGAUGUUAACACUGACUGAGAGGGGAAAGGUGAACUGUCUGAAUCCAGCAGUCCUUCUCCAGCCCCUCCUCCACAGAACAUAACACUGUUGCUCCUGGAGUCUGGGAUGGCGCUCUUUCAAAUUACACUAACAUGACCUCAGGUGUCCAUUUCUUUUCUUUCAUCCCCCUUCACUCUCUGACUUUUCCUUGUUGGUGAUGAAAGUGAUCGUGUCUGUCUUUUACGUGUGAGUGCGUAACGCAUGCCAGUCAUUCUGUGUGGUUGGUUUGUGGGACCAGUGAUGUCACAAAGCACAGGGCUUCAAUCCAGUGAACAGAGCUGAAUGAAGUACAGAUCCAGUCCUCUUUCUUGUUGUCUUCUCUAUUUCUUAUUCAUCUGUCUUUUACAGACAACUUAUGUAUAAGUUCCUCCAAAUUGCACUCUAGUGUGACCAACAAACCCAAACUGGGCCUGAACGAACACAUGCAUAUACACACUUGCAUUUAUACAUAUACAUCUAUGAAUAUUUACAUAUUUUCACACCCCCAACAGCACCAUCAUGUGCUCAGUCUCCAGCUCUUUCAAAUGUUUACAGCUUGUUAUGUGUGUUUAGUAGAGCCAACUUAAGAGAAAGAGACUAGUUCGUCAUUUAAAAACACUUUCAGACAUACAUUUGUUAAUUCUUCCACACUUUAUAUGUACGCAGGGAGUUUGUAGGGGACUUUGUUAUUUUAAGAGAUGAUUAUUUAUGUAUUUAUUUAUUUAAAAGUGACCUGGGCUCUAUGAGAUCACGGUCAAGUGACAAACGAGCUGCAACCUCCAUAUGUAGAGCUCUCAAGUUUUAAAGAUGCAAGCGGUAAGUUACACAUACCUUCCUGUUCUCCAAAAUUUUUUUUUUUGAUUUUGAUUGAGAAAGCUGGAUUCUGAGUCACUUUACACUUUCUGAAUACAUUUUGACUUCUUUAAUGACAUUAUUAAUUUUGAAUAUUAUUUAAUUUAUUCAUUUGUAUCAAAAUCUAAUAAAUAUUUUAAAAAAAUACAAAAAUAAUUGUUUCUAAUGCUCAAAAGCAUAGUUAACCCAAAAAUUUGAAUUUUCCUUAUCAUUUACUCAAUCUCAUGCCAUCCCAGGUGUGUAUGACUUUCUUUCUUCUGCAGAACACAAGAUUUUUAGAAGAAUAUUUCAGCUCUGUUGGUCCAUACAAUGCAAGUGAAUGUUGACUGAAACUUUGAAGCUCCAAAAAGCACACACAGGUAGCAUAAAAGUAAUCCAUAUGACUCCAGAGUUUAAAUCUAUAUCAUCAGAAGCGAUAUGAUAGGUGUGGCUGAGAAACAGAUCAAUAUUUAAGUCAUUUUUUACUACAAAGCUCCACUUUAACAUUCUUCUUUUGUAUUUGGCGUUUCACAUUCUACAUGCAUAUCGCCACCUACUGGGCAGGGACAAGAAUUUAUAGUAAAAAAGGACUUAAUGCUUCUGAAGACAUUAAUCACUGGAGUCGGAUUACUUUUAUGCUGCCUUUAUGUGCUUUUUGGAGUUUCAAAGUUCUGGCCACCAUUCACUUGCAUUGUAUGGACCAACAGAGCUGAAAUAUUCUUCAAAAAAUCUUAAUUUGUGUUCUGCAGAAGAAAGAAAGUCAUACACAUCUGGGAUGGCAUUAGGGUGAGUAAAUGAGAGAAUUUUCAUUUUUGGGUGAACUAUCCCUUUAAUGUUAUCAUGGAGAUGUCAGAAUUUUAUAAGCACAUCUGAUUGGCUCAGCAUCUGAUUGGUUAAAUUGGAUGCUAGAGGAAGCUGAAUCUGUGAUUGCUGUUCUUUUGGAUCUGUUCUGACAAGCUCUGAAUUUGUUUCUGGUUUUGAGAUAAAUUGUAAGAAAGCCAGAGUUCUCAUCUUUGUGCAUAUUAUAUGCAUGUGUCCAGCAAAGCAACUGUUCGAUUUGUCUUUUCUGUGAUCCACAAUCUAUCAUGUAUGUGUAAUGCUUAUAUGUAAUGUGUGUCCAGCAUCCUCUCUCUUCAACUCUCCACACACUCCAUGCUGCUCUUAACACACUUUGUGUGUGUGUGUCCACAGGGUCGUAGCAAGGAAUUCUGGGCCCCAUGAAUAUACAAUCUUUACCACCUUUCACCCCACUAGCUACGGCCCUGUGUCCACUGCUUGCUUAAAUGUUUGAGACUAUUUAUCACGUGAAUAGGCUGAUUGAUUGGUCAUAAAUGUUUUCUUUCAUGCAAAUGGUUCCAUCAUUGACCAUUUAUCAAACUGUGGGAUUAAAGCAUAUUAAUUUAAGUUUAAAUAAAAGGGAAAUAUUGGGAUGGUGUAGAAUGGACCAUCUCUGCGUGAGACUCUGCUGUGAUUCUUCUUACUACCUUUUAUGAUUUUUUUUUUUUAUUUGUAUUUAUGUUAAUUGAUCUAUGCUUGUGGAGUUGUUUUUGAGUGUGUAAGGAUGUUUUCUCUACCAGUGUGUAUGUUGAAAAAUAUUUGGAGAUUAAUCUUUCCAGUACCCCAGUUAGUAUAGACCUCUGCGUGUCUCUGUGACGCAGACUCUUCUGUGCACUUUGGAGAACCAACUACACAUGCCUUUGUUUUUCUACACCACACCUCGUACAAUUGCUUUUUUCUUAGUAGGGCGCCCUCUAGUGGCCAAAGUUCGUUGUAUUAAUCGUCCGUUAGGUGGCGCCCAAAUUCAAUCUGAUCAUGUUUGAGGAUGAACAGCACAGUAUUUUAUUUUUUGUUUUCCAGAAGCAACUGUAACUAGAGAGGUGUAGUGCCAUUAGAAACUGUGAAUUUAUUAAUAAAACACUUUGUUGUCUUCA